CCCAAACUCUAAUUGCUCCGCCGAGUUGGUCGUCCCGCCCCAUCGAACCUUGAUCUCUCGUCGCUACGUGCUCUUCGAGGGCCGUGCGAUUCAGGGUUUCUCGGUGAGGACAGGCGCGAUUAGGUUCGGGGACCGAGGAGAUGGAUCCCGAGGACGAGCCGCGAGACAACGAGUCCGCCGGGGACGGCGACUUCUGCAGCGACGAUGGGAUCGCCGACUGCGACUACGGGGACGCCGAUUUCCCCGAGUCUCAGGAGAUUGUCUCCCCUCUUAAGCAAAAUUAUACCAUUUUAAGUGAAGCUGAUAUCCGCCAGCGACAAGAGGAGGACAUAACCCAGAUAUGUGCUAUACUAUCUGUUUCACGGAGUGCAGCGUGCAACCUUCUUUGUCACUAUAAGUGGAAUGUCAGUAAGGUGCAGGAUGAGUGGUUUGCAAAUGAAGAAAAUGUAUGCAAGGUCGUUGGCUUGUUGCACAAUCCUGUCAAUACUUCAAAUAGUAGAAAACUAAAUUGUGGUAUAUGCUUUGAAAGCUAUGAUCGUUCUAAGAUGAGUGCAGCUUCUUGUGGGCAUUAUUUCUGCAAUGCAUGCUGGAAAGGUUACAUUUCCACAUCAAUAAAUGAGGGCCCUGGAUGCUUGAUGCUGCGUUGUCCUGACCCAUCUUGCAAUGCUGCUGUUGACUGGGACAUGAUUGAUAGACUUGCUGGAUUUGAAGAGAAAGAAAAGUAUGCACGUCAUCUUCUUCGUUCAUAUGUUGAGGACAGUAAAAAGAUAAAGUGGUGCCCUUCUCCUGGAUGUGAGUUUGCGGUGGACUUUGAUAUCAACAGUAUUAGCUACGAUGUUUGUUGCUAUUGUUCCCAUAGCUUUUGUUGGAAUUGCAUUGAGGAAGUUCACCGUCCAGUGGACUGUGGUACGGUGGCCAAGUGGAUUAUAAAAAACAAUGCAGAGUCGGAGAAUACAAAUUGGAUACUGGUUAAUUCCAAGCCCUGUCCAAAGUGCAAGAGGCCAAUUGAGAAAAACCAGGGUUGUAUGCAUAUGACAUGUAGAGCCCCUUGUAAAUUUGAAUUUUGCUGGUUAUGCCUUGGUGCAUGGUCAGAGCAUGGGGCUAUAACUGGUGGUUUCUAUUCUUGUAAUGGCUAUGAAACAGCAAGGCGUGAUGGGAUGUAUGAUGAAUCUGAAAAGAGGAGAAAGAGGGCGAAACUUUCUCUUGAGAGAUACACUCAUUAUUAUGAACGCUGGGUGACCAAUGAAUCAUCAAGAAAGAAGGCACUUGAAGAUCUUCACAUUAUGCAAACUAACAAGCUUGAGAAACUGAGUCUUAGACAAGGCCAGUCAGAGGCCCAGCUCAAGUUCAUAAUUGAUGCCUGGUUACAGAUAGUGGAGUGCAGGCGAGUGCUGAAAUGGACAUAUGCAUAUGGGUAUUACCUGCCCGAGCAUGACGAUACUAAGAGGCAAUUUUUUGAGUAUCUUCAAGGUGAGGCUGAAUUUGGCUUAGAACGGCUUCAUCAAUGUGCAGAGAAGGAACUCCAAGAAUUUCUUGAUGCAGAUACCCCUAUGAAAGGAUUUGAUAAUUUCCGUGUGAAACUAACAAGACUAACUAGUGUGACUCAUAACUACUUUGAGAACCUUGUUCAAGCGCUAGAAAGAGGGCUGAUGGAUGUAGAUUGUUCGGACCCUCAGACCAGCAGCAAAAGUUGUUCCAGCAGUCCUGGCAACAUGCCUGGGAAAAUGAAAAGUAGCAAAGCAACUGAAGCAGAUGAUCCCAGCUAGACAUGGAUCCCUCAUUACAUCACUAUCAUAUCUUUCUGGCCCUGCUUUGCACUCGUCAUGAUGCCAGUUCUUUGAUCACAUACUAAAAAUAAAACAAAUUCUUCGGAUCUUUUUGUGCAUCACCGUCUUUUGUGUGCACAAUAAACAGCCCCUGUUGUAAUGUGGAAAAUUGUACAUGAUGUGGAACCGAAAAGGCUAUAUAUUCAACCUGAGGUCCCAAAGCAUGAAGUAUUGGGGAGUAGGGAGAGAAAUAAGUUGCGUAUGAACAGUAGAGACAUCUUAGUUAUCAGGUGAUUUCUGUAUAUAUCUGUAUAUACAUUCUUGAGUGUUUAGAUACACAGUUUUACUUUUUAUUUUGUAGUACAAUCUAAUGUUAAAUAUGGUUUCAGCAAUUA